CAUUUCUCAGAGAGCUCUUAAUUUUAUACAUGUUUCAUCUGCAGCAGAUCACACACCUCCCUCCAUAAUUUACAGAGCAUUUUGGUACCAAAGCCUAGCUGUAGUACUUGUUAUCAAACCCCCUUUUCACAUGGCCUCUCUUCUUCUUCAAGAGAGAGCUUUGGGUUAUGCUUAUGGUUUUGGUUAUGAACCACCACUACUCUCCACAAUAACCAUGAUGACUUCCCUAAACCCCAUUCUUCUUCUUGUUCUUGUUUUCACUCUUCUACCUCAAUGCUCUCUUGGGCUCAACACAGAUGGUCUUCUUCUCCUCUCUUUCAAACUCUCCAUCCUCCAAGACCCUCAACAAGUCCUCCAAACAUGGAGCCCCUACGACGAAACACCAUGCUCAUGGCGAGGUGUCACCUGCGCCACAAUUCUCACUCCUCCUGAGAACAUCUUCUACCCUAGAGUCGUUUCCCUAAACCUCCCAAGCUCCCAGCUCGUGGGUUCGAUCCCUUCCAAUCUUGGCAUGAUCGAACAGCUCCAAAGCCUCAAUCUUUCCAACAAUUCCCUUAAUGGGUCUCUCCCACUGUCUCUGUUCAACUCAACAAACCUUCAAGCUUUGGACUUGGCAUUCAAUCGAAUAGCUGGCGUGCUUCCCCAUACAGAGCUACCCAGAAGUCUCAGUCUUCUUAACCUCUCUGACAAUGCCUUGGAGGGUAAGAUACCCACUAGUCUUGGUUCUCUGACCAACUUGACGGUCGUUUAUUUAAAGAAUAACUACUUCUCCGGUGAAAUUCCGGCUGGUUUUGAAGCCGUGGAGGUUCUUGAUCUGUCGUCCAAUCUGAUCAAUGGAUCUCUGCCCUCGGAUUUCGGCGGGGACCGUCUCCGUUACUUUAACGUCUCCCACAACGGACUUUCCGGCGAAAUCCCUGCGAAGUUUGCGGAGAGAAUACCGAUUAAUGUGACCCUUGAUUUCUCAUUCAACAACCUCACCGGCGCAAUCCCCAAGUCUCAGAUUUUCUUGAACCAAGAAACGGCGUCGUUCCGGGGCAACCCCGAUCUUUGCGGCGAGGAAACCGAGCACAACCCAUGCCCUAUUCCUUCUUCGCCGGCGUCCAACUCGCCGAAUUCUCCUCCGGCUUUUGCCGCGAUUCCGAGGUUGAACUCGACCAACCCAGAUUCUGUUUCACCGGGAUCGGCUAAUGCGUCGUCGGGAAAAUCCCAGACAGGGCUGAAAACCGCUACCAUUGUCGGAAUUGUCGCCGGCGACGUCGCUGGGAUUGCCGUUAUUGCGAUGGUGUUCUUGUACGUAAUCAGGUUGAGGAAGAAGAAGAAGGAGAAGGAGAAGGCAACAAGCAGCGACGUCAAUACGUUGAAGAACGAACCCAACAACCCAGUAGUGACGGAUUGGUCUUCUUCUUCAUCAGAAUCAAGAGGGUUUACACGGUGGUCUUGUUUGAGAAAUAAGAAGGGCGAAGCAGAGGAGGAGAGCUCCGAUUCCAGCAGCUCUGAUAGUGAAGAAGCUCAAAUGGAGCAGAGUGGUCACAAGGGUAGUGAGAGUAAGCGGCAAACAGAGCAGGAACAGAGCAAAGGAGGCACAUUGGUGACUCUCGACGGCGAAAAGAAGCUUGAGCUCGAGACUCUGCUGAAAGCUUCUGCCUACAUUUUGGGUGCUACUGGUUCUAGUAUAAUGUACAAGGCGGUUCUUGAAGACGGGAGUAGUUUAGCUGUUCGGAGAAUCGGAGAGCAUGGUGUCGAUAGGUUCAAGGAUUUCGAGAAUCAAAUCCGACUCGUAGCGAAAUUGGUGCACCCGAAUUUGGUUCGAAUUCGUGGAUUUUUCUGGGGAGUUGAUGAAAAGCUCAUUAUCUAUGAUUUCGUCCCAAAUGGCUGCCUCGCCAAUGCUCGUUACAGGAAGGUGGGCUCGUCGCCUUGUCAUCUACCAUGGGAAGCAAGGUUGAGGAUAGCCAAGGGGGUGGCCCGUGGGCUCGGGUACCUCCACGAGAAGAAGCACGUCCAUGGGAAUCUCAAGCCCACCAAUAUUCUCCUCGGUGUUGAUAUGGAGCCAAAAAUUGGCGAUUUUGGACUUGAAAAGCUCUUAUCCGGUGACACGAGUUACAAGAUUGGGAGCUCAACGAGAAAUUUCGGAAGCAAGAGAUCAACGGCUUCGCGCGAUAGCUUUCAAGAUUUUGCACUUGGGCCUAGCCCGGGGCCAAGUCCGAGCCCUAGUGCGAUGGGGACUUCGCCCUAUCAUGCGCCCGAGUCGCUUCGGAGCCUAAAGCCCCACCCCAAGUGGGAUGUGUACUCGUUUGGGGUCAUAUUGCUCGAGUUGAUAACGGGGAAAGUUGUGGUUGUGGAUGAGUUGGGCCAAGGUCUUGGGCUCCCAGUCGAUGAUCCGAACCGUGCUUUACGGAUGGCGGAUAUGGCGAUAAGAGGCGAGUUGGAGGGGAAAGAGGAACCCUUGUUGGCACUGUUCAAGUUAGGGUACAGUUGUGCAUCACCAGUCCCACCAAAGAGACCAGCAAUGAAAGAAGCUCUACAAGUUCUUGAGAAAUUUCCAUGUUCACCUUCAUCAUCGUAUUAUUAUGGCCACUUAUAAAUAAUUUGUAGAGAGUUGUAUGUAUGAUUGACUAGUAGUUUAUCUAUUUGAUUCCUCUUAA